CCCCCGAAUUCAUAGAUGUGACUUCAACUGAAGCCGAACUUCGACUUGCUCAAGUCCGCCUUAACACCAAGUUCGACUUGAAAACGCCCAAGCUGCGUUUUACGUUUCACAGACGCUCCCGCGAACUUCCUUCGUCAAGUCCCGUUCAAGUCGCGAGCGGUCGCGGCCCUCCUCACCUGGGAGCGAGAGUAGGCUGCAGUUUUUCUCGUAAAAGUUCUUUCAGACUUUAAAAUAAGGUACUUCUCUCAAUUUUCUUUAUAGCAUGUGUUUACCAAACAUAAAUCGCGAGAGAUCGUAAGGGGAAGUUUAAUUAUUUUAGUGAUUGUACGCGUUUUCUGGACAUAAUGAUGAUUUCGUCUAGCAACAUACCAAAUAGCCGCCAAGCACGCUCUUCGCUCGUCCGGACGCUCCAGCCUUCCCUUCUGUGCAAGUUUUCUUCUGUUAAACGGUAAAACUUUUGAGAUUCCCCCAACCCUUGAGCAGCAGUGGAAUGGCCACUAAAAAAAAACAAUCGCCGCGCUUCACCGCUGAUGAAAUAUCUAUUCUAUCGGGGCUUGUCGGCAAGCAUAAAACGAUCAUUGAAUGCAAAAAGACAGACUCCGUAUCUUCGAACCUCAAAAACGAGACCUGGGAGAAACUCUGCAAUGAGUAUAACUGCUUACCGGGGGUUAGUCCACGGGACUCUAAUCAGCUCAAGAAGUGUUGGGGGAACCUCAAACAAAAGUGGAAGAACGAGCGCUCGGACGAGAAGCGCAAGACCCACAAGACAGGAGGGGGGCCGCCCCCCACACCGAUGAGCGCAAUUUCUGUGCUUGUGGGGGCAGUAGCGGGGCACAUGGCCACCCGCCUUGACAACGAUAAUGACUCCGACGGAGCGGCCUACCUGCCCCCUGUCCAGAACGAGCCAGUGGUGCGGUUGCUGGAGGGCAUGAUUGACUGCGACCCAGUGUACGAGUAUGCAGGAGAUCACUAUGAGCCUGGUAGCCCCUCUGUGGACAUCGGAGAGCCAGAGGCGAGUACCAGUGCCGCAGCAGCCCCGGAUCCCCCCACCGAGCAGGCUGUACCUGCUCCUGCAGCUGCUUCAAGCUGCAGCAGCGACAGGGUGGCGGCUAGUCACGACGAGGCCAGGCCGGCCAGAGGGAGGAUGGUGCUGCUGGAGCAGGCUCUUUCAGCAGAGAAUGAUGUACGUUGUUCUCUGCUGAGGGCAGAGUCUGCCCUCCGUAUGAGGCUCCUUGAGGAGGAGCAGCAAAUGAAGGUGGUGGAGCACCACGUGCGGCUCCAGGUGGAGCAGACAAACUUAAAGAUUGCUGAAUGGAAGUUGAGGGAGCUUCAACAGGGAGGCGGAAAAUAAAGAGCAGUGCCAACGCCUCGACUUUUGAAGGGAUCUAAUUUAUUUCACAGAAGUUGAAAGCUGGGGCUAUAUCCAGAAAGGGAUAGGGUGCGAUUUCAGCUUGUUUCACGUUAGGUAUGCUUUGAGAAAAUGCACGAUUACAUAAUGGCUCCUGCCUGUCAUCUAUUAUUAUCAUUUGAACUAGUAAAAAGCCACUGCACAGUCACUACAGCAAAGGGUCUGGCAAUAUUUUCACAUUUUUAUUGGUGAAGAAACAGGAAUAAAGAAAACAUUAAAGGCAUUUACGAAAUACACUA